GGCACUUACAUCUUCACCCACAGUUGACUUGGUUUCAACAAACACACGAGGAAUUACGGUAUAUACAUAUCCAUAAGAGACGGCUCUUGCUAACGGGAUGACAAAUCACUGGAACUACAGCCCGUCACAUGUACUGAUUUACAUAUGUAUUUGAGUGAUUUGAUUUGAAGCGCGUUUGACGAAACACUUACAGAAGAACUGUAGUCAGGUGACAAGUCGUUGAUAAUCCGCUCUCGGUAUCAUUCAGGAAGCAAGGAUCCCUGAGAUUUCAACACAUUCUUUGACUGGAGUACAUUGCCGAUCUUGCAUAGGUUUGAUAACGGCGACUCUAUCCGAGUGCUUUCAAAGAUAUUUCUCGCUGUGUGAUUCAAACUGGAUAUAGCGUAGUUGUAAUACAAGUGUGUUUCCAUUGAUAGCGCGCUUGUCAGAUUCGCCUGCGUCGUGAACGGCUGUGGCAGCGUUCUCUGACGAGUAACUCAGAACCAAGGGUACCUCCCCCUCACAUGGAGACUAUCUUGAUGGAGGAACGUUCUUUCUUUCUCGACAGGCCGCAGGACGGGAGGGUGAAUGGAAUUGGGGAAAAACAGCCAGGGGUGAAGCCAGUUGUGUCUGGGGACCCGCUGAAGACUGAGGUAAAGCCCAGCCCAAACGACCGCCCGUCCCUGAGGGAUGUUUUGAUGGACUUCUCCCAGUCGACCACACUCCAUGGCCUCAGAUACAUAUGCCUUGAUGGAGCAUUUCUGGCGAGAAGACUGCUCUGGUUGGUGCUGUUCACGGGAUGUGCAGGGGUGAUGGGGUACCAGAUCAUUGACCGCAUCAUAUACUACUACAGUUGGCCAGUCACCGUUAACGUCCACGUCAACUUCAACGCUUCCCUGCUGUUCCCGUCUGUGACCCUCUGUAACCAGAACGCCUUCAGGGCCACCGCAGCCACAGAGGCCGGAAGGUACCGCCUGAUAGAAGCGAUGUACACCAAGUCCCAUGACUUCAACGCCAGUCAGCUGCUAGCCUACAACGCCACAAACAUCACCCUCGACAAUCUGUAUGAGAGGGCAGCACACAGGAAGGAGGACCUGAUCGUAGCCUGUGAAUGGCAGGACAAGCCUUGCUCUGCUAAAAACUUUACACAGGUAUUCACCGACCACGGCGUCUGCUACUCCUUCAACGCCGCAGACGACGACCCCUUAAUGGUCACUUCCACAGGUUCCGACUAUGGCUUGAAACUGACGUUGAACGUGGAACAGUAUGAAUACAUGCCAGGGCCUCAUGACGCAGCUGGUGUAAAAUUGCUACUCCACGACAGAAAAGAGUUCCCCAAAGUGCACGAGCUUGGCCUUGCCAUUCCUACAGGCUCUCACGCCUUCAUCGGUAUACAGCUAGUAUCGAUAAAGAACCUCCCAAAGCCUCACGGAGACUGUGGCGUGGCGGAGUCCGAGUACUACAAGAUGUACUCCACGGAUGCAUGUCAGCUGACGUGUAUGACCAAGAUCCUGAACGAGGAGUGUGGGUGCCGUCAUCACUUCAUGCCGAGCGUAGAUGACACACCGCCGAUAUGCACCCUGGACCAAUUUUACUCCUGCUAUCAUAAAAUUAUUGGCGAUGUGAAGUUGAAGGUCAGAAAAGAAUGCGGCUGUCCCAUCCCCUGCUUCUUCCUCAUCUUCGACCCCACCAUCUCCUUCGCCACCACGUCAAUGUACGCCACCGACAAACUCCUAUCUUCCGGUGUAGAGAACCUCACCACACGCUUCAUGGAAGCAAGGGAGACAACCAGUCGCAUGGACCGCUCCCAGUUUGACACAUUCAAAUCUAUGGAGAGUAACGCACAGGAAAGAUUGAACAUCCUGAAGAAAGUGAUGUUUGACGAAGUGGAGACUAACAUCAUAGAACAGGAACAGAUCCUCUCCUCCAUCUUGAACGACACGUUGGCCUCCUGGAAGACCAAGAUGCACCUGUAUCGAUGGCAAGAAUACAUUGUCCAGAAAAACUUCAUGAGAGUACGCCAAGCAAUGGAGGAGAGAACAUUCAACUAUCUAGCUAUGGGUUUUCAAGAAUUCUCCUAUCAGAUUGAAUCUAAAAUCAAGCAGCUUGCCAACACGUCUAUAUCAUCCCCGGACGUACGCCAGACUCUUCAUCUCCUGACGCUGAAUGAACUGGGAGGGCGUAUAGAUCUAGCAGACAGAGCUUAUGAUAACUACACCCAGCUGUACGGCGCCUACUACAACGCUAGCCCUGUGUUCAGGUACAAGUACCUCCAUGAGGACAGGAACGACAACAUCUACAUCGGUCCCCACGUCCUCCUGCGUCAGUCCCUCCUCUACUCCGCCUACGCCGUCAAGUACAGCGGCAGGGUGGGCAAGGAUAUUCUCAGAUUCAAAAGAGCCUUGCAAGACUAUGUUGAUAUGGCGGACAAAGCCUACUACACCCAAACACUAAAUACGACCGAACUUCACCUUGUGAAUAUUAAGUUUCUGCAACGUGGAAGAACGUAUUUCUUCAGUAAAGCAACAUUCUACUUCGAGUCUAUCGACUACCCUCUUCGUAUCCUGCGAGAGCGGAUUGCGGCAUUUGAGGCCUACCACCGAUCUUUUAAUACACACGUUAAAGAAAUGAUGGAUAACGCUGCAAGUUUGAGGUUUUCUUUGAAUUCGUUAAAAUCAUCAAUUAUUGAUAACUUGGACGGUGGAUUAGGACUCGCCAAUAAUUAUUUUAAAUAUGGAAACAUCAGCAAGUUGGAAGUGGCCCGUGUACUCACUGCUCCUAAUAUAUACGAGGGAAUCAGUAGCAUGAAAAUAUUCUUUCAAGAAGUAAGGUCACGUGGUCAGAAUGUGUACGAUGGUUGGUUAGAUUUGAUCCAGUCAACAACAGCGAUCUGGAGUGCGAUCUUAAACGACGAAGAUAUGCUAAAAUAUUAUGAAUUUAAAAAUAUGACUCGUUUUUUGCAAAAUAUAUCUGAUGUAGCUAAAGAAAUUGAGACGGCCUACAUGGAAUACAGAAGUUCCUUCGACUUCCGAUUCCUGGUGGGCACAGCUGACAGCACCUUCCUGAAGAGUCUGGAAGAUCUCAUGGAGCUUAUGACGUCAUAUCUUCUGACCAGUAAAGUCGACACCACGUUCAUACAAGAAAACUUUUUGCAGUUGGAUAUAUUUUACCGCGAGAGAAGUUAUGAGCAAAUCACCCAACAGGUUGCAUACGACAUGUUUGCCUUGUUGUGUGACAUUGGCGGGUCCAUGGGUUUAUUUGUUGGCGCCAGUGUAUUGACAAUGUUCGAACUAGUGGAUCUGUUGUUUGACCAGACUGUUUUCAGACUGAGCAACAGACGAAUAUCAUAGUUGUUUGCAGACCUGAUGAAGACAUACAGAUGAAGACAUACAGAUCCAGACUGGACGUCAUUGCUGAUGAAGGGCGCCCGUGAUGUGUUGAGAAGGGUCCUUUGUUAUACUACUCAAAG